AGAAUCAUGUUUAAAACACAACCCAUUGGGUUGUUUUCCCAUUUGUUUUUCUCUGCUUCCUAAGCCACACUUGUGUCAUCUGUCUAUGUCUGUUGCAUCUUCUGCUCCCUUUUCUCAACACUUGAAAUGGGGCAUGAAAGACUCAAACUUUGAAUUUCUUGUUUAUUAUUUGGUACCCUUUCUUUAUUUAUACCAUUUCUCCUUCUAAAAACCCCUCCAAACCAUCACUUUUCUUCUACAUACAUCUUGUCUCCAGUUCUUGUAUUUCUUAAUAUUAUACUCACACACACAUACACACACUUGUGUUUCUACUGUCAAGUGACCUUUUGUUUUUUAAGUACUCUUUUCAAGAACCACUUAAUUUGUUGUUUGGUGUACUGUUGAAGUCAUUAGUACUUUGUGUGUGAAGAAACACACAGUGAGAUUUUCAUGGAAAUUGAUCUGAACCAAGUGGUUGAUGAGGUGGGAAGAGCUGCAGAUUGUAAUGGGGAUUGCAACAAGAGUGAUGGAGCUGUUUCUCCAACAUAUGUGGAGCUUUGGCAUGCUUGUGCUGGUCCUCUUAUCACUCUUCCCAAGAAAGGGAAUGUAGUUGUUUACUUCCCACAAGGUCACUUGGAAACUUCUCCUUUUCCACACACUCAAAUGCCCAAUUUUGAUCUUAGACCUCAGAUCUUUUGCAGAGUCAUGGAUGUUCUACUAUUGGCUAAUAAAGAGAGUGAUGAAGUCUAUACACAGUUGAGUCUGCUUCCUGUGCCAGAGCUGUUAGGCAUGAAUUUAGAGGGAAAACAGAAUGAUGAUCUAUGGGUGGAUAAGGAGGAUGAGGAGGGUGCUGGUCUUAUGCCCACAAAAUCAACCCCUCACAUGUUUUGCAAAACCUUGACUGCGUCAGAUACCAGCACACAUGGUGGAUUUUCUGUACCUCGCAGAGCUGCAGAAGACUGUUUUGCACCUUUGGAUUACAGAGAGCAGAGACCCUCUCAGGAGCUUGUUGCGAAGGAUUUGCACGGGGUUGAAUGGAAGUUCCGUCAUAUAUAUAGAGGUCAACCAAGGCGACAUUUGCUUACCACUGGGUGGAGUAUUUUUGUAAGCCAAAAGAAUCUUAUUUCAGGAGAUGCAGUCCUUUUUUUAAGAGGUGAAAGUGGAGAGCUAAGACUGGGGAUCAGAAGAGCUGCGCGACCUAAAAAUGGGCUUCCUGAUCAAGUCACUGGGAACCAGAGCUCUAGUUACAAUAUUCUUUCCUCGGUUGCUAAUGCAGUAUCCACCAAGAGUGUGUUUCAUCUUUUCUACAGCCCGAGGGCAACUCAUGCAGAAUUUGUUGUGCCCCAGCAGAAGUACAUGAAAAGCAUUAAGAGUCAGAUUCUCGUAGGUACACGAUUCAAGAUGAAGUGUGAUGUCGAUGAUGCCCCAGAAAGAAGGUUCAGUGGUUUAGUUACUGGCAUUGGCGAUCUGGAUCCCUACAAAUGGCCCGAUUCCAAAUGGAGAUGUUUAAAGGUUAGAUGGGAUGAAAAUUAUUCCAGUAAUCAUCAAGAUCGGGUUUCACCUUGGGAAAUUGAUCAUUCUGGUUUACCAUCAAGUUUGAGCAUUCAGUCCUCUCCGAGGCUGAAGAAACCGCGGACAAGUCUCCUGGCGACUCAAACUGAGAACCCUAUUAAUGCAAGGGCUGGGUUCCUGGACUUUGAGGAGUCUGUACGAUCCUCCAAGGUCUUGCAAGGUCAAGAAAAUGUAGGUUUAGCAUCAGUUCUUAAUGGAUAUGAUACGAGAAACUGCUCGCACAAUGUUGAGAUCCCGUCAAUAGUGAAUCACAAAUCAGAAGUGAUGGGAAAAAACAAUUUUACUGAAUUUACGAGGACUAAGCCAUUCACUACUUACACUGGCUUUUUGGAAUCCAAUAGGUUUCCAAGGGUCUUGCAAGGUCAAGAAAUUUGCUCGUUGAGAUCCCUAACUGGGAAAACUGAUGUCGAACUUGGUGCUUCAGGAAACAGUGAAACCAGCUGCAAUCUGCAGAACAUGUACUAUAGGCCCGCUGCUAAUUUUCACCCACUAGCUUCAGCAGGUAUUAGAAACAUGUAUACUCCAUAUAAUGACCUCUACAAAGCUGGUCCACCUGGCAUGCUGUCUUACACCAACUUUCCAAAUGAAGCUGUACCACACAAUCCAUCUUCAGUUCACUGUCGAGUUACAAGCAAUGAAGAAAUAAAGCAAAAUCUUUCAGAUAAGUCGAGGGUAGUAGAUAUUAUACCUUCCUGUCACAAUUUUGACGUGAACUCCAGCAAUGAGAAAGAUGAAGGUUCGGUGACUAACUGCAAACUUUUUGGGUUUCCUUUGACUGGAAAAACAUCGACAUCAACGUCUCAAUGUGCAUGUAAAAGGAGCUGUAUAAAAGUUCAUAAGCAAGGAAAUCUGGUGGGCAGGGCUAUAGAUCUCACCAAACUGCAUGGUUAUGAUGAUCUACUACUUGAGCUAGAGAGGCUCUUCAGUAUGGAAAGCCUCCUCAGAGAUCCUGUCAAAGGAUGGCGCGUUUUGUUUACUGAUGAUGAAAAUGAUAUGAUGGUUGUUGGUGAUGAUCCUUGGAACGAAUUCUGUCGAAUGGUGUCUAAGAUACAUAUACACACACAAGAAGAAGUGCAGAAAAUGAUGAUAGGAAUGAUGAGUGACGACACUCAAAGUUGUCUGGAAGAAGCACCAAUAGUUAUGGAUGCUUCAAAAUCUCCAUCUGUUGGACAGGCAGGUUAGUCGUUGGCCAUCAGUGUUUGAACCUCAAGACUACUUUGCUCAUAGUAUGUUGUAUAAGUGUUGCUAUUUUAAAAUUAAGACAUGAUAAUCUAUAUCUUGGUUCCUAAUCUCUAUGUAACCUUUACCAUUACAGUGGAAAAUAAUGCCUUAAUUGUGUGUUCAUUUAUAUGUA